AUGGACGUCGACUCAGAUGACGGAAGCGACAAGGCUGCAAGCGUCUUCACUCCGGGCGAGAAGGAUGACACCGAAGGCGGACAAGCCUCGGCGCACAUGCCUGUCCCAGCUACGGCGUAUGCAUCGACAACGCUUGUGAGGACCGCCGUCGGCGACCUGAAGUGGCAUGCGCGAGGUCCCCUCAAUGUCACCAGGGGCAGGGGCCACGUCUUGUACACUCUGGCGCUGGGCGGCUCUAUCUACACUCGAGGACAACCUCUUCUGAUGUGCUCGCCCACGACAAGACUCUUCCUGGUGCGCGUUCCCCUCGGCGAGCUGAACACGGAACCGAAGCCCACAGUUGUUCCCGGCGAUUUGCGGUCCUUCCAACAGGCCGUAACCGAAGGAAUUUCCUGGCUGCUCCAGGUCCAACUGCGUGGUGCCGGAGGAGACAACACAUUCGUCAACAGACUGAAUGGUGUCUGCAACUUCUUUGCCGGCUCGAAGACGUACCAGGGGGUUGGCCAUGUCGUCAACAACGACAGGACCAAGACUACUGGCAAAAGUCUACUUCAGCUUCGACAAGGCCUUCGCUGCAAGGAGGCGGCGUUCGCUGCUGCCGUCCAGUGUGCCCGACACCAACAAGACAUCGGUGUCGCCAUCGACACCCUUUCAUCCCGAUGGCGACAGGAGCUCCAGAAGAGCAACAAGGCGACAAAAACGGUGCUGGUCGACAGCGCCAUCGAAGGCAUGCGUCUGGUGCAGACUGGGCAGGGCUACCCGAUCCACCUAGUCGAGAACGAACACCAAGCUGGGCAACACCACCAUGUGCCCAAGUACGAGAUCAAGGAACUCGGCACAUAUCUCGCCAUGCCGCCAGAGGAACAGCGUCUCUGGCACCUCUACCGCCCAGAUGGACUCGAUUUCCCUGCCCAGCCUGUCCCCGUCGAUCCCCAGUUUCUGGGUAUCUGGCUGGGCUACGGUGACGGCAGGUUGACAAACAACGCCAACCUUGGUGACGCCGACUUUGACACCUGGCUCCAUGAGCACGCCAGUGUCAUCGACCAAGUCCUCUCGCGCAGCAACCCUGGCGCGUACCGCACAAUCUACCAACAGCGGUUGGACAAGGGUUGGAGCCCGCUGCCGGUGGAGUCACGUCACCAAUGGUGCCUCCCAGAUGGAGCCAUUUGGCCCGGGACUGGUGAGGAGCUUGCCGAGGGCGAGGGCGAGGGCGAGGGCGAGGGCAUGACAGCGGCAACCCGAACAGGCCCCUCUCCGUACUCGCCGUCCCUUUGCAUACCUCCAGGACGUUGCGGCCGCUCGUCGGUGAUUUCGCAGCUCGGGAUGCACGAGCUUUCGACGACCCAACUUUGUCAAAGCAUCCCGGCACUCGCCGAAGACGAGGAAUAUGACCAGUCUCGGCUGGGCGACUGGUGGGAAGGGGACGAUGACGACGACAUGCUCGCGGACGCGAAGAGUGAGGACUUGGACGCUGGAAUCGCAUUCUUUAAGUCCAUCGAUCAAGAGAUCACAGAAGACAUCGAGAUCGAAGAAGAAAACGACGUCUUGCAAGAUGACGAGAUGAUGCGCGACGAUUUCGAGGACGUGCCACGCACAAGGGGCCGCGCCAACGCGGUGCGACUCAACGUCAACCCGCGACACUAUGGAAACAUUGCCCAGGAGGAGCUCGACAACAUUCUCCAACAUUCUCCACCACCUUGUCGACGACGUACGACGUUGGGCAGGGCGAGGGGCAGGGACAGGGACCAGUGGAUGAGCGUCACGUUGAUGGCCUAUCGUUUGGUCGUCCUCGUCGUCGCGGCCCCCGCAACCGCCUUCUCGACGAGCUGCCUUAAUGGUGACAUCUCGGUGUUGAUCCUCUCCCUCGGCUUCAAACUGUGGCAAACCUACGAGUCGAGCACCGACACGUUGGUGCUGUACUUCUCUGGCGUCAUGCUCCACGAGAUCCCGACCCUCCUCCGCCGCCGCAAGUCCACCUCCCACAAGACUCGUGACCAACCAGGGUUUGGCUUCACGGUUAUGAAGGAGGAAUCUACUGUCGGCUGGACGGCCAUCAGCGUCUCCGGCGACAAUACAGUUCUCCGACAUGACCACCUAGUUCUUUGCGGCGCGGAGAAUACAGGCUCUGGUCGCAAUACCGCCCGACGUGUCAUCUCCAUCACAGCGUCCAAAGAAGUUGCCAACCGAGUCAAGGACAUGACAAUCGAGGGGGCGAUCGGUCCCAUGGUCCAGUUACUCCGUGGACGCCGCCUUCCUGCACCCGGUCAAAACCGCUCACGCCCUCGACCGGUCAUCCAACAUGUCCUUGGGUUGUUACAAAGGGACCAGCAUACCAAUGGCGCACGCCUUCCCGAUACUUUGAGGCGUGCCACAGAAGAUCGCGAUGGCAGCGUCUCGGUAGAUGCACAUACCGCUACAUACAAGCUGCUACAGCACGCACCGCGCACCACACACGACAUGCAUGAUUCUCAAUACUACUAG